AAAACACCUCGUCAUCCCGGACCCCGCCUGCACCUGCCCGCCCGCCGCCUCAGGUUCCAGCGGAGGACGGGGCCCGCCCGCCGCCCGCCAGGCCCCCGCGACCCAGCCCAGCCCACCCGGGACGGCUGCGCCCCUCGGAGCCUCCCACCGCGCCCCGCCUCCUGCCCCCGGGCUGGCCGCAGUGCGGGACGCUGCGGGGACCCGGGAGCUCCCAGGACGGGGCCUCCGACCCUCCGCGCGCCCCGCGCACAGACCCGCCGCCCCGGGGGCGGAGCCGGCAGCCCCGCAGGUUUUUGUGCGGGACGAACGUCCCGGCCGCCUCCCGCUUCCUUCGGUGCGCGCGGUGCCACCCGCGAAAACAGCACGUUCACGGUGGGGUCCGCUGUGAACACCGGGCAGUUCCUGAAACUCGGCGGCUUCCCGUAAACAGGCUCCUUCCUCAGCUGGGACGCGGGUCCCUGUCGGGUCCGCUUCUCCUCCCGGGCCCCUCCCUCCCGCCUCUUUCAUUUUCCCGGGACUCCUAGAGGAGCGCGUCCAGGAGCGGACCAGGGAGUGUCCCAAGAGCCACCGAUGAGGACCAGGGGCCCCUGAGGCUGCUCAAGUCCCGCCAGCCAUGCAGACCUGCCCCCCGGAGUUCCCCAGCGCCCUCGGGGUCCUCCUGCUCCUGGCUGCCUCCUCGAGUGCUCAGAAUGAAGGCUGGGACCACCCCACCUGCACGGAGGGCGUGGUCUCCGUGUCUCCGGGCAAACACGUGGCGAUGUCCUGCAACAUCUCCAACACCCUGUCCCGCGUCACCGUCACGCUGUUCCGCCUCAGGGAGAACAAGACCAUCUUCCAGGACGCGUCCCAAGGCCGCUUCUCCCGGGGCGACUGGCAGCUCUGGGUUCAGGGAGGCGUGGCCCAGCUGCUCAUCGAAGGUGUCCGGGACUCCCACGCCGGGCUGUACAUGUGGCACCUCAGGGGACGCCAGAGAAAUAACAGAUACAUCACACUGGAGGUGUCAGAGCCCGAGGGCCUGAAGGGCGGUGACAGUACGCAGCUCCCGGAACCUGGCACACUGAGGGCAGCCCACCUGUCCGUCUCUGAACUGUCCCCUUCAGGCUCAGAGGUACCGUCUGUCCCCAGCGCUGCGUCCAGGCCUGUGCCGGGGGUGGUCGCUGCUGUCUCCAUCCUCACAGUUACUGUGGUCAUGCUCACUUGCUACAUGUGCCACCGUUUCCGGCAACGCCAGGAGGCGAAGUUCUGAGCCCCCAGAGCGAGAACCCAGCAGGGUCUGAGUAGGACCCCUCCCAGCCCCCAAGCCCACCCCGAGGCCGCCAGCACCGGUGGUCAAACCCUCAGCACGUGGAACACUGGGGCUGAUGUCCGCCAACCCUCGUCUUCAGAUGCCACAGACCCCAACCACCUGCCUGGCACAGAGCGCGCAGGAGGGCCGGCCCCAAGCGCUGACCUUGGGUGGUGGGGCCUGGGUCUCUCGUCCCACCGGAGGGCAGGGACACUGGCUUGCUUGGGAGGGCCUGGGAGAGCAGGCGGCAGCCUGGGCCUCUGUGUCUCCCACUCCGGGGUGGGUGCAGACCCUUCCCCUCCACCCCCCAGGUCUUCCAAGCUCUGCUUCCUCAGUUUCCAAAAUGAGACCACCUCACCACUGCCGUGCCCGACCUGCCAGGACCCAUGCCCCUCCCUCCGCCCUCAGCAAACCCGCAGACCCAGGCUGCCUCCCGCUGCCCUAGGCUGAGUCUAGCCCUGAGUUCGGGUCUUCGCUCUCCACUCCCUGAGCUGCCCCCAAGCGAGGCGGCCGCUGCUGGAACCACGGGGAUACUCCAGUUCAGGGCUCUGGGGGGCUUUGGCCACAUACCUGUCCCUCGCCUAUGAGAAUGGCAGGUUUGGGGGCCCCUCCCUCGGGAGCCCCGGGGGCCAAGGUCGGGUGGGGUGUUAGAGGCUGGGAUGGUGCCUGGCCCCCCACCAGGGGGCAGCGCAGGCCGGGCCGGGAGGAGGCGGUGGCGGCUCGGGCUCAGGCCCGGGCUGGUGAGUCCGGCGCUGCCCUCCGGGGCUGCACGUGCGUCCCUCCGUCCCUCGGCCGCCUGCGGCCGCCCCCUCCUGGCCACCCCACCUGCCGGACGUCCUUGGACCCAGGUCUGUGGGUGCUUUCUGCCACUGCGGCGGAGCCUUUGAUGUCUUCUUGGUGAAGCAACUCCCGGAAUCCCCCUUCACUUUUCUGAAAAGGUUCUGUGACUCGAGUCUUCGAAAUAAAGAAAACAGAAGGACUCACAAACAUCCAAGCAGCCGGGAAAUGCAAUUUUUAAAAUGAAAAACAAAAAUCUAAAAGAAACGUCUUUAGUGCUUUAAGCCCCCAAACGUCCCUAAGGCGUCCUAAAGAUGAAGACUCAGGGAGCCCUCACUGCAGUGAAGUGGGCAGGGGCACAGCGGUGCCCGGCGGCCGUGGCCUCGCAGAGCCAGCCACCCCGAG